AUGGCCAGAGCUAUCGCACCGUUGCCGGUGCUGCCGGUGCCGGUGCCGGUGCCGGUGGUGAGUUCAAGACGCUGGCGCAUGCUCCCUUGCACCGCUUUCAAGGCACGGGCCGGCAGCCCUGGGAGGGCCACAAGCUUUAAAGCAGACGCGUCGGCCACGACUGUUGGUGCCUCAGCGCGAGCGCGUUGCCAUCCCAAGAUCCUUGGAGAGUGGAGGGCACCAAGACACUCUUGGACCGGAGUAAGUGUUUUCUGGCAGUAUGAAGGGCUUGAGUGUGUGGUGCUGCAAGGUAGCGGGCCACAUUUUUGCCCGGGCGGAAAUGUGCAGGCACAAAUCCGUGAGGGAGAGACGGCCUUUGGGUUGGCGCCAUUCACAGGUUUCGUGGCCCAGCUGCGACUGAGGGAGCUGGGUGAGGAGAGCUUGGGGCUGCUGACUGUGGCCUUGCAGGGCCUGGUGCAAGGUGGGGGUUUGGCCAUGGCACUGGUGGCGGAUUGGCGUUUGGCAGACCAGGAGACCAGCUUCUCGCUGGGGAACUUGUCCCGGGGCGCCGUGCCCUGCAUCCUGAUGAGCGCCGUUCUGGCCGCGACUCCAGAGGCCAUGGCUCUGUACCUGGAGGACGCGGUGCUGGACGUUUGGGGCGCGCUGCAGCUGGGCCUCGUCCAAGCUGCGGGGCCCGGUGCCAAGCUCGCCGCGCACCAGGCCGCGCGCGCCGGGCCAGCGCGGGCGGCGCGGGCGCGGGCGGCGCGGGCGCGGCUGGACGCGGAGCGCUUUGCGCAGGAGGCCUUCGCGCUGCAGCUGAGCAUCGCCUGCGGCGAGGCGUUUCGGGGACCUCGUUUCGCACCCGAGCCGGCUCGAGACAUCGAGAGGGAUGGAGGGACGGAGGGACGGAGGGACGGAGGGACGGAGGGACGGACGGACGGAGGGACGGAGGGACGGAGGGACGGAGGGACGGGGCUGAGGCCGGCAAGGCAGUGA